AUGAUGUUAAGUGUUUUUUCUUCAAAUUAUUUUUCCCCAGGGAAACAGGUUGUCGCUCAAGCCCUCAAGGCCCAGCGUGCAAUUACCAUCGGAGUUCAUACUAAGGGCAAGCGGAAGGUCAUGAAGACUGUCCGGUUCAAACGCCCGAAGACUUUCAAGCCUCCACGCUGUCCUAAGGAUCGUCGUUUCGAAAUUCCAAAACGUAACAAGCUGGACGCAUUCCGGAUUAUCCAGCACCCAGUCACGACAGAAGCUGCAAUGAAGAAAAUCGAAGAUAACGACACCUUGGUGUUCGUAGUCGACAGACGGGCCAACAAGCCUGCAAUAAAGGCAGCAGUUCAGGAGAUGUACCACAUUAAGGUUGCCAAGGUGAACACUUUAAAUUGCCCGAAGAACAUCAAGAAGGCAUACGUGAAGCUGCCCCCGGAUUACGACGCCCUCGACGUUGCUAACCGCAUUGGCAUAAUAUAA